UUACUCGCGUUACUGUAAUUGGGUAGCUUUUUUGUGUACUUCUACUUUUUGAAGUAAUUUUUAAAAUCUGUCAUUUUACUUAAGUAUUUUGUUUGAAGUAUUGUACUUCGCUACAUUUUAAAACGCAUUAAUUACUGAGUUAAAAAAAAAAAAAAAAUCGCUACCUGGAAACUACUGCAGUAAAUAAUGGGCAGGAGAACAAACUGGCGCUAAAAUUAGAAGAAAGAUGCAGACGGACGAGACGGGCGUUAAUGUUGCAAACCCAGCUGAAAACCAAACCCCGUCAUAUUCGGCUGAAGUUGAACUCGAAGGAAGUGAAGUGAACCCCUGGCCAUGUUUAUGCUCUAUUAAGCUGUGUUUGCCUAGGGAGACCAAACUAGCAGUUUAUAAAAUCUCGACAUCAACCCUUCGCGAGCAUGUAGAGGAAAACUGUACAAGUGAAGAGAUCCUUCCGUCCUUAAAGUAUGUCCGUCCUGGCAAUGGCUUUGAACCUAAAUUCCAGCUCUUGGAGAAGGUCGACGUGAACGGGAAAGCCGCCCAUCCUCUCUUCGUCUUCCUCAAGGAGAAACUUCCAUUCCCGAGCGAUGAGCCAAUGCCCUUCAUGAGCGACCCCAAAUUUAUUGUGUGGAGUCCCGUGUGCAGAAACGACAUCGCUUGGAAUUUCGAGAAGUUUCUCAUUGGAUCUGAUGGAGUGCCAUUCAAACGCUACAGCAGGAGAUACCUGACCAGCAACAUCGAGGGAGACAUCAAGAAACUUCUCAGCAUAGCCAACUAAAAUGGUUUUGUGGUCAAAAGGGUGUCAAAAUAAAUCAAUAACCCAGCUUCUGCAUUACAUACCUUGACCCAUAUGGGUUUCCAAUGGGCGUUCAUGACAGGUUGUGCUCUCAUGUGCAUGAUGUUGCUGUGUUUGGACUUUUACUUCAUGAAGGUGCUCCUGUAAACAUGCUUUGUCUGUGGGGAGCAUCUGAUGCCGUGCAAAAGUCCUAACUGAACAGUUUCAUUUAGCUCUUGUAUGACACAACAUGCAACUUGGACCAAUAAAUGUGUUUUCUACUCAA